AUGACUGUGGUAUCGACCAAAGCGUUUGAGGGCCAGAAGCCCGGUACUUCUGGUCUUCGUAAGAAGGUCACUGUGUUCCAGCAACCUCAUUAUACUGAGAACUUUGUUCAGGCUAUUCUUUCGUCGAUUCCUGAGGGUAGUGAGGGUGCUACUCUUGUGGUUGGUGGAGAUGGCCGUUUCUACAAUAAGGAAGUGAUUCAGAUCAUUAGUGAGAUCAGUGCUGCCAAUGGCGUCAAGAAACUCAUUAUUGGCCAGAACGGACUUCUUAGUACUCCUGCUGCUUCACAUGUCAUUCGAAAGAGAAAGGCUACUGGUGGUAUUAUUUUGACCGCUUCACACAACCCUGGUGGUCCCACUAAUGAUUUCGGUAUCAAGUAUAAUCUUGCUAAUGGUGGCCCUGCUCCUGAAUCAGUCACUGACAAAAUCUACGAGGUUACCAAAACCAUUUCUGAAUACAAGACUUUAAAGGGUGCAGACUUCCCUCAAGUCAAUCUGUCUAAAAUCGGAGCCGCUACUUAUGGUCCUUUAGAGGUCGAGAUUAUUGAUACUGUUGAGGACUACUUGCUUCUUGUCAAGGAGAUCUUUGAUUUCGAUCUUAUUAAGUCGUUCUUGAAAUCCAAUCCUGAUUUCACUAUUCUAUUUGAUGCUCUUAACGGUAUCACUGGUCCUUAUGGUAAAGCCAUUUUCAUUGACGAAUUGGGCUUGGCUGCUAGCUCUGUUCAAAAUGCUGUUCCAAAGACUGAUUUCGGUGGUCUUCAUCCUGAUCCAAAUCUUACCUAUGCUCAUACUUUGGUUGAGCGUGUGGACAAGGAAAAAACUCCCUUUGGUGCUGCCAGUGAUGGUGACGGUGAUAGAAAUAUGAUCUAUGGAGCCAACUCGUUUGUUUCUCCUGGUGACUCGGUUGCUAUUAUUGCCCACCAUGCUGACAAGAUCCCUUACUUCCGCAAUGGCGGUGUCAAUGGACUUGCUAGAAGUAUGCCCACUUCGGGUGCUAUUGAUCUCGUUGCUAAGGCCAAGGGUCUCAAGUGUUACGAGGUUCCUACUGGAUGGAAGUUUUUCACUGCUCUGUUUGAUUCUAAGCAAUUAUCCAUCUGUGGUGAAGAGUCUUUCGGCACUGGAUCCGAUCAUAUCAGAGAAAAGGAUGGUCUGUGGGCUAUUGUUGCUUGGUUGAAUAUCAUUGCCGGUGUUGCCAAGGAAGAUCCCUCUAAGGCCAGCAUUGCUGCUAUUCAGCACGAUUUCUGGAACACUUAUGGCCGUACUUUCUUCACUCGUUAUGAUUAUGAGAACGUCUCCUCUGAAGGUGCUGCCAAGGUUGUUGCUAACUUGAAGUCUCAAAUUGAAUCUCCUUCGUUUGUCGGUUCUAAGGUCGACAAUUUAGAAGUCACUGAGGCUGGUGACUUCUCGUACACCGACCUUGAUGGUUCCGUUUCCAAGAACCAGGGUCUGUACGUCAAGUUCAAGGGUGGUUCCCGUAUUGUCGUUAGACUUUCCGGAACUGGCUCGUCUGGUGCCACUAUCCGUCUUUACAUUGAACGUCACGAGAGCGACAAGUCUCUGUUCUCCCAGGACGCCCAAGAUUAUCUCAAGGAAACCAUCUCUUCUGCUGUCAAUUUCCUCAAGCUGAAGGAGUUUGUUAACCGUGAAGAGCCCGAUGUCCGCACUUAA